GGAGGAUCAUGCAACUUCGAUUUCUGUUUGCAUCAAAUGUGCCUAUAACUGUUCGAAAACUUCUAAUAAACAAUUGACCGAUGAUAUUGGCACAAUGACUAAUAUCAUUGUUCGUCAUGCGAGUUCACAUCAUGCAAACCACUCGGUGGAGAAGGACAAUGAAAUGGAUACCAGUGAGACUAGCCAUUUGGAAGAUGUACGUACAGCACUUGGUCAUUCCCGCGAGGCCGACGUGGCUAUGGCACUUUUCGACCAUCCAGAUCAAAUUCAUGAGCCGUGCGAUCCCGAAGAGGAACGAAAGCUUGUUAGGAAGAUUGAUCUCAUGAUUCUGCCGUAUCUCGCCGUUUGCUAUGCUUUCUUCUACAUCGACAAGACAACCUUAUCCUAUGCGGUUAUAUUCGGCAUUCGCCAGGACCUGAACCUACAAGGAGCUGAAUACAACUGGCUCAGUUCGGUUUUCUACUUUGGUUUUCUGUUCUGGGCCUUCCCAACCAACUUCAUGAUGCAAAGGUUCCCGAUCGGAAAAUAUCUAGGAAUCAACAUAUUUGUGUGGGGGUUCUUCCUUAUGCUGCAGGCUUCUGUGCAUAACUUUGUUGGGUUGAUGGUGCUUCGAUUUCUCGCUGGCGCUGCCGAGGCAUGCUCUGAUCCGUCGUUCAUGCUUAUUACAAGCAUGUGGUAUACACGGCGCCAGCAACCUGUGCGUAUCGGUCUAUGGUAUACCGCCAAUGGUCUGGGCAUAGCUCUUGGCGGUCUCCUUGGCCAUGGUAUCGGAAACAUCAAAGGCGUCCUUCCCUCGUGGAAGUACGAGUUUCUCAUCAUUGGUGCGCUCUGUUGCAUUUGGGGCGUAGUAAUGAUAAUCUUUCUCCCAGACUCCCCCGUCACUGCCAAGGGUCUCUCGCGUGCCGAGAAGCGCAUGGCUGUUCAGCGGCCGCGUAAGAAUCAGACCGGAGUCGAGAACAAGCACCUCAAGUGGCACCAAGUCCGCGAAGCAUUCAUUGACGUCAAGUUGUACCUGCUCUUUGUACUGGGUAUGGUCUGCAAUGUUCCGAACGGUGGCAUCUCUAAUUUCGGAACCUUAAUCAUCCAGGGUUUUGGCUUCAGCACACUUGGGACAACGUUGAUGCAGAUUCCGUACGGUUUCAUCAUUGCCGCCAGCAUCUUGACAUGCGUGUAUCUGAAUGAUCGAUUCGUUCACAAGCGGUGUCUGUUCAUCCUCUUGUUUCUUUGUCCGAACAUUGCAGGUGCUUUUGGCCUGCGCUUUGUCCCGGUCGACCAGAAGGUGGCUAGACUCAUUUGCUACUACCUGACGGGCCUGUACAAUGCCGCAUUUGUGCUAGUAUUAUCAUUACAGACAGCCAAUACAGCUGGGCAUACCAAGAAAGUGGUGACGAAUGCCGUUCUCUUUCUCGGAUAUUGUACCGGUAACAUUGUUGGUCCUUUCUUCUAUCUGUCGAGCCAGGCACCAUAUUACGAGCUGGGAAUUUGGUCCAUGAUCGUAUCCCACUUAUUGGAAGUCUGCGUGGUCAUCGCGUUUUGGAUACUCAUGAGCCGCGAAAACCUUCGCCGUGAUAAAGUUCAGUCAGAGAUGAUGGGUGGCUUGCAAGGUCGCGACCUAGACUCGACGGCAUUUGCAGAUCUCACAGACCGUGAAAAUUUGAAUUUUAGGUAUAUCUAUUAAACCACAAACACCUAUGGGAUGGGAUUACUAUCGACGUGGGUGGAUGUGUGAUUAUUCCAACUUCCGUCGGAGGAGAAAUACCAAUACAUGCCCUGUUAACCUUAAACGAGAGAAUACACGGAAAGAGGCAAAAAUCACUUCCGUUUUUGUACUCCAUCAACUCCUUCUGAACUAUGAC